AUGAGGUUCUCUUCCACACUCGUUAGUGCUGUGCUACUCGCCACUUCUGUCAUCGCCUCUCCUCUCAGUUCUCGGGGACAUGUGGGAGAUGAGAUACAGCGAUCUGCCCGAGCUACACGCCACACGAGCAGGCCUUGUAAAUCAGGCACCUCAGAAAUCCUCUAUGUGAACCAAACAUCCCAGGAGACCUACAGCUCAAACUGGGCCGGGGCGGUGCUUAUUGGUAUCGGAUACACUUCGGUAUCCGGAGAGUUCACAGUACCUAUCGCCCAACUUCCAAGUGGUGGGAAUUCCUACACAAAUUACUGUGCCUCUGCAUGGGUUGGCAUCGACGGUGAUACUUGCAAUACAGCCAUCCUACAAACAGGAAUCGAUUUCUGUAUUCAAGGAGGCACUACUUCCUACAGCGCGUGGUACGAAUGGUAUCCAGACUAUGCCCAUGACUUUAGUAACAUCCAAAUUUCGGCUGGUGAUGUGAUCAAAGCGACAGUCGAUGCAACGUCGAGGAACUCCGGGUCUGCGAUUGUUGAGAAUCUAUCUACAGGCGUAUCUAUGACUCACAUAUUCCCCCAUGGCCUUGGGAGUAACCUCUGCGAGUUCAAUGCUGAAUGGAUUGUGGAGGACUUCUCCAUAAACAACGCAUUGGCUCCUUUUGCCAACUUUGGCACUGUAGUAUUCACCAAUGCAGUUGUUUCGCGUGGUGGGAAUACUUACGGGCCAUCGAAUGCUACUAUCAUGGAUAUAUAUCAGGAUCGGAUUCUCACAUCUUCUUCUGUCGUCGGAGACACUGUCACUAUCAGUUACAUCUAG